CUCUGAUGAGUGAAAGGAGUGCUGUCAGCCUCUCUGCUGCGCUUCCAGCUUGCGGACCCACACUAACUGAGUUAAGGGACAGUUUGAAAUCAGGCAAAGAUGGAAAAAUGCGAGACUUCCAACAAAUGGAGUAUCUAACCGAGGUCCACUGUGGACUGUCCUAGCCUUGCAGGUGCAUGGGUCUGUCAUUGUAAGUUUACUUGGCUUAAAAGCAGAUUCCAGUCCUGUGCAUCUCCAUGAGUAACCAGACAGAAGUCCCUGCUCCCCCUUCAUGCCUUAUUCAGGUCUUUGACAUCCUCUCUUCACCCUCUCUCUCCCCGCCUGACCGUCACACCUCCUCAGUCUUCCCCAAAUGAUGUCGUCUGCGGUCCGAGCUCUUCUCCUGGUUCUGCUGGGGGCCGGGGUGCUGCUCUCCAGUGGAGAUUCUCCCCGCAGGGAAAUUAAAAUAGACGGAGACCUGGUGCUCGGCGGUCUCUUCCCCAUCCACGAGAAGGGUCAGGGCAUGGAUGAAUGCGGUCGCAUCAAUGAAGACCGUGGGAUCCAGCGUCUUGAGGCCAUGCUCUUCGCCAUCGAUCAGAUCAACCAGGACGUGGGUCUGCUGCCGGGCGUGGCGCUGGGCGUCCACAUCCUGGACACGUGCUCACGGGACACGUACGCUCUGGAACAGGCGCUGGAGUUUGUCAGGGCGUCUCUUACAAAAGUGGAUGAUACAGAAUUUAUCUGUCCAGAUGGCUCCUACGCAUUUCAGGAAGACAGCCCGCUUGCCAUAACAGGUGUCAUUGGAGGAUCAUUUAGUAGUGUUUCUAUACAGGUUGCGAACCUGCUCCGGUUAUUCCAAAUCCCUCAGAUUAGCUACGCUAGCACAAGUGCCAAGCUCAGCGAUAAAUCCCGCUACGACUACUUUGCACGCACCGUACCUCCAGACUUCUACCAGGCCAAGGCCAUGGCCGAGAUCCUGCGUGCCUUUAACUGGACCUACGUUUCUACAGUUGCCUCGGAGGGUGACUACGGAGAGACGGGCAUCGAAGCUUUCGAGCAACAAGCCCGUUUGAGAAACAUCUGCAUCGCCACUUCAGAAAAAGUGGGACGAUCGAGCGCGAAGCGUUCCUCGUACGAGGCCGUUAUCCGUCAGCUGCUACAAAAACCCACGGCCCGCGUAGCCGUGCUGUUUCUGCGUAGCGAUGACGCAAGGGAACUCAUAGCGGCUGCAGCCCGCCUCAACGCUUCUUUUCUUUGGGUGGCCAGCGACGGAUGGGGGGCCCAAGAGAGCAUUGUAAAAGGGAACGAGUUUACGGCGGACGGAGCGAUCACGCUAGAGUUGUCCGCUUACCCGAUACCCGAAUUUAAUCGUUACUUCCAGAGCCUAACCCCCUUCAAUAACCACCGCAACCCAUGGUUUAAAGACUUCUGGGAGCAAAAGUUUCAAUGCUCACUAAGUGGAACUUCGGCAGCGGGAGCAGGGACACCCAAGCCACCUUGUGACCAAGAUUUGAGGGUGAACGAAUCCAACUUUGAGCCCGAAUCAAAAAUCAUGUUCGUCAUAAAUGCAGUGUACGCCAUGGCGCACGCUUUACACCGCAUGCAGCGAAGUUUGUGCGUCAACACAACGCGGCUGUGCGACGCUAUGCGCAGUCUUGACGGCAGAAAGCUCUACCGGGACUAUCUGCUUCAUGCCAACUUCAGAGCUCCAUUCUCCCCACCCGGCUCUGAAAAUCAAGUCAAAUUCGAUGCGUAUGGUGACGGCAUGGGAUGCUACAAUAUCUUCAACUACCAGCGUGUGCCAGGCAGCGACAAGUAUGCUUAUAUCAAGGUAGGAGAGUGGGCGGAGAGUCUUUCCCUUAACGAGGCCAUGAUUGGCUGGCCGAGGGGAGCAGACGUCCCCACCUCUCAAUGCAGUGACCCAUGCGCUCCAAACGAAAUGAAGAAGAUGCAGGCAGGAGAAUACUGCUGCUGGAUCUGCACCCCGUGCGAGACGUACGAAUACCUGCCGGACGAAUUCACCUGCAUGCCCUGCGCGCCUGGCCAGUGGCCCCGCCCUGACCUAACCGGAUGCUACGACCUGCCAGAGGAUUACAUCAUGUGGGAGGAUGCUUGGGCCAUCGGGCCCACCUCUAUUGCAUGCGUGGGCUUCAUUUGCACCUUAAUGGUCUUUGUCGUUUUUAUUCGCCACAAUGACACGCCACUAGUCAAAGCAUCUGGUCGUGAGCUGUGCUACAUCUUGCUCCUCGGUGUCUUCAUGUCCUACACUAUGACUUUCAUAUUCAUUGCCAAACCGUCGCCGGUUGUGUGCACGCUACGCCGGUUAGGCCUUGGUACCUCGUUCGCAGUGUGCUACUCUGCCCUGCUUACGAAGACCAAUCGCAUUGCUCGGAUCUUUAGUGGGGUAAAAGAGGGCGGGGCUCAGCGGCCGCGAUUCAUCAGUCCCAGCUCACAGGUUUUCAUUUGUUUGUCACUGAUCUCAGUGCAGUUGUUGCUGGUCUCCAUUUGGCUCCUGAUAGAGGUGCCAGGCACGCGCCGUUUUACCACGCCGGAGAAACGUCAGACUGUCAUAUUGAAAUGUAACGUACGGGACUCUAGCAUGCUGCUGUCGCUGACCUACGAUGUAGUUCUGGUGGUGCUCUGCACCAUUUACGCCUUUAAGACCCGCAAGUGUCCGGAGAACUUCAAUGAGGCGAAGUUCAUCGGCUUUACCAUGUAUACUACCUGCAUCAUCUGGCUGGCCUUUCUGCCCAUCUUCUACGUUACCUCCAGCGAUUACAGGGUUCAAACCACAACCAUGUGCAUAUCUGUCAGUCUGAGUGGAUUUGUGGUGCUGGGCUGCAUGUUUGCUCCUAAAGUCCACAUCAUCAUGUUCCAGCCGCAGAAGAACGUCACCAGUCAUCGACUAAACCUGAACCGACUCAGCGUGAGCGGGCCGACCACCAGUUAUGCAUCACAAGCAUCUGCAAGCGCCCACUACGUUCCAACGGUGUGCAACGGCCGAGAGAUCGUCGACUCCACCACUUCCUCUCUGUGACCCCGCCCCAUCCUUAAAAAAAAAACUCCUGCUCCAUAGCGACUGUUAGCCAAUCAGCACACAUUGUGCUCCGUCCAAGAACUAGGUCUGCCUACAGUGUGUAGAAAGUGUGUAUUAUGAUUAUUAUUAAAUUAUUUUUAGGGCUCGUUGUAAAUAUUAACUGACAUUGUUGUAGAGAAACAAAAGAACAACAAAAAAAAUCUUUUUAGAGGGAUUUUGGAAGCUUUUGUUUGAUAGAUUUAUUAUGUAUGUUGUAAAUGAUGUGAUGAUGUAAAAGUUUUUACAGUAAUGGGCCACAGUAGUGACUGACAGACCGGCUCCGCCUGCAAUACCGGACACAGUUUGUGGUCGUUUUCUUUUGUAGGCCUCAUUGUUAUAACCUAAACUGUAUGUAUUUUUAUGUUGUAUAUUUUGUACAGAAUCUAACCGACGGUUUUAACAGCACAAGUUGACUGUGUUAGAGUUUCCUGCAGAAAGCGAGCGCUCGCUCUUAAAGUCACGUUGGCUCAUCGCAGGCAUUGGUUGAUAAUUACAACAUCAUUAAAGUAAAUCAUAACAUCUAAACGCAUGUUACAUUAACUGCAUCUGUUGAAGCAUUGCGUAACAUUUGAAAAGACAAGCCUUCUGUGAACGAAAUUUUUGCAGAUACCCGCAUCAUUUCGAUGUAAGAGAGAAAAUACUAAGUCACGUGAUUACUGACGUGUGCAAUGCUUUGUGAUGCAGUGAAUGUAAAAUGUACUCUGUUGUUCGAUAUCGGCUUGUCGUGCCUUAUCAUUUGUCCUGUAGUUUUAAUACCAGAGGUUCUUCAGAGCGGGUGGGGACCGAGCCAUUUUCUAAAGAUGUCUUUUUUACAUUUCAGAAGUUUUAUACAUUUAAAUGUUUUUGUGUUGAUUUGUUUGGAAGAGAAAGAUGCUUGAGCUGGUGACAGGGAGCUAAUCGUAUAAGUUUUUAGCUUGGGGCCAUCGGGGGCUCCAGGGGAAUAUCACGACACCCAAUGCAAGUGUCUAACUGUAUCAUGCCAUCACCAAUUCUUGGCCUGUCAUAGAGACAUAGCAAACAAACACGUAACCUAGAAAUGCUAAAACUAUCAACAUUCAUAAUUCAUCAGCAGUCACUCGCAUGUCAGCAAACAGCAUCAGCAGGUGAAUGUGCGCAUGGGAACAGCAAAAACAUGUCGGUGAGGGGAAAAAUAACAGCCAAACAAGGACAGAUUUCGUCUUCCAAUGGGAUCAAGAUGACACAGAACUUGCUUAAGGCAAAACACACACACACGCGCACAUACACAGACUUAGACUUCAUUUGUUCUGGCUAUAGGGCACAGUUCUGCUAUAAACAAAAACAAGCGCAUGCAGGCAAACUCACAAAUUAGAUCCCCCCCUUUCAAUCUCUCAUUACUCUAAAUGUGCUUUAAACAUCAUGCAGCUUUCAGAAAAAUUUGUCCAAUUAAAUUUGCUGACUAUGAAACAGGUGAGAUAAAACCCUUAAACGUACACUAUAGGAGAAAUCAGAGGCAUAUUUGGAGACCAGACAAGUCAGCAAACCAUCAACUAGCAGUGCCCUAGAAAUAAUCCAGGUCACCUUAGCAACUGCAUAGCAACACCUUAGUAACCAUCCAUAGAUAUAUACACUAGAUGUCGCCUUGGGGUUCUAAGCAUGCAUCAAAACCGCCGCCAUCUUGGAACAGGGGUCUUGUUAUAGGAAGUAGCUAGGUAACGCUGCUAUCCCAGCCAGUGCUUCGAAUUCAUGGACGAUGCCGGUGCAUUAUGCCUUAAUGCAUUAUAGUUGGAAAAAGUAGAUUUUCAUAAUAACAAUACAUACAUUUUUUCUGGACUCAAUGCUAAAUACAUGUCUGACUGUUGGAACGAACCAAAAAAAAACUAGAAAAACGCAUUCAUGGCGAUUUAUUUCCGUUACACCAUUGCCUACGACUUUGCUGAUGCAGGGCUCCCCUGUUUCAAGAUGGCGACUCUAUUUGACGCAUUCAGUCCAAUGAACUGCCGUAGCCAAGGUGACAUCUAUUGUACAUAUCUAUGAGUAACCAUCCAACAUCAAUUUGGCAUCAAAAUGAUCCCUGCGUCCAAAAUCGCAUACUGUGACAGUACAUACUGAUUUGGAUGAAGUACCUACUCAUCGACCGUUAAAACAAUACGUUCUAUAUACUGUAGUUCGAAUAUGGGUAGUGUGAAUGAAAUUUGGAUGUAGUAUGAUGAUGUGCCAUGUUGAUCAAGUGAGCCGAUAACUUGGAUGAACAAUUAUUAAACACGCACAAUGUAACCACAAGGAACAAGUGUUUGCCUUAUGUAUUUACCUUUGAAUCGAUUUUGACAUUUUGAAAAUGCCAAUGCCUCUCCUUUUUCUUUUUUGGGUAAAUCCUCUCCCAGGGGUUUAGGGGAUAGUUAAGUAUCCACUAAAUGCACACUUCAUAAUCUUGCCGGAAGUAGUACGGGUACGUUUCGCCUACUUUUUUCAAUUACUAUGAAGGCUGCGAUUUCGGACGCAGCGGAUGCCCAUGAUCAUCCUAAAUUGAAAUUGUACCAAAGUAAGUUCUACAAAUCCUUACAAAAAGCCUUGUUCCCAAACUGAAUCAUUAAGAAAGAACAACACGGGAAGAUAAAGUCUGAAUUUGUAAUGAAGACAGUAAAUAUGUUUGCAUAUCUGGAGAGAAAAAAACAUUUAUGUAAAGCAGUCUCCUGGCCCAUAAACUUCAGCAGAACGCAGCAACCCUCUGCUUUUGUUACGAGGCUUACGCAACACUCUCCCAAAAUCUGCACGCGAGUUGCUAGGGGACCUGGUGUCGGCGAUAGCCUCUUUAGGAAUGUUUUUGAGAGAAGUCGAAAUGUACCGGUUUCAUCUGAGUGGCUUACAUUGGUUUUAGGAGGGAGGGAAGACUGCAGUCUGCGCAGAAAUGAGCCUCUCUCGCCCUUUGUGGGACUCACCCACUGCAGCAAUUUCAUUCAAGUCACAGUGUGGAUAGAGGCUUUUACUGCAAAAUCAGCUGGCUGUGUCUAAACCAUGCCGCUGCAUGGGAAAAUUUAAGGACAGAAAACUUUUACAGAUUUGUUCAUUGUUUGUUGGACUUGUCAGGCAAAGUUCACGCAGAGGCAAAAUACGAUCACCAGUCUUGUUUGGUUUACUUCGGUUUUUAAAAAGAGAGUAACACAUGCAAUAUGUGACUAAAAUGACUACCUUUAAUUUUUAGGGGUCACCAACACAUUCUGAGAGCCAGUGUGGGUGAUAUCCUGGUGCACUUUUAAAAAUAAAGGUUUUUUACACUGAUGCUAUUGAAGAACCAAUUUUGGCUCCCCAAAGAACCUUAAAAAGUUCAAAGAACCAUUUCUUUGUUACAUUUUAUAGUCUGAAGAACCUUUUAGGGGCCGUGUACACCAAAGCAUUUAAACCGAGUGUGCCUCAUACCUCUUGAAAAGUGAAGCCGUUGGCUCUUUGAUCGGCCCCUGGUGGCUGGCGUUAGUACAUAAACCCCACCCUCUCCAAACGAUCGGGACUCGACUCUUAAUAAAAAAAUUAUUUACACUUUUAAUAAAAUUUUCAGAAAGAUGGAUUUGGUCCUUUAAAGGAGACAUAUAAUGAAAAUGUGCCUUUUUUCAUCUUAAAGUGCUAAUGGGGCGUGUCGUUAUGAUUGGCGUAGUUGAAUUGGGCGGACGAGCGUUUGGGCAGAAGUUUGAUACCGCGGCUUCGCCUCUGUCCAUGGACAAUUACUUCUGCGCAUGUCCUGACGUUUUACGUAACAUGGCAGUGCCCAUGGUUGAACAUUUUUGGCUUUAAUUCAUCACAAUGGAAGGAAGCGACGUCGUGCGUCCAUCAUUUUUUACAGUCCACAAUUUAAACACAUCUGAAAACGCUAGGCAGACGCCGACUGUAUGCUCUUGCCAGUGUUUUGGUAUGACGCUUUGUUUAUCAGUCAUUGUACAAUGCGACAGUUGGUUGUUGUAAUAUUCGUCCUGCCCCUCCUCCACUGUUAUUGGACGGCCAAGUGACAUUUCAACUGAACAAAACCCACCAAGCUGCUGCCAUUUUUGAAAAGCGUGGCACUUCCACUGGAAAGAAUUGAAAACAUACGCUGGCCACAGGUGUAAACGCUUUGGUGUACACACUCCCUUAUGAAACAGAAAGGAGGUCCCUGGUUCAAGCCUUGGUCUUCUGUAUGAAGUUUGCAUCUUCUUCCUGUUUCAGCAUUGGUUUACUCUUGGUACUCUGUUAGGUGAACUGGAGAUGCCAAAUUUUCCAAUUGUCCAGAUCAACCUGUACAGUAAAUAGAUCAACUUGUGUACAGAUUAACCAGUUCUCCAUAUAUAUAACCAUCGAUGCGGGAAUGGCGUUAAAAAAAUGAAUACAUAACAGCCAAAAAUGUUUUUCUACACUCUCAGAAAAAGGAACAUUAAGGUACAAAGUUGUCACUGGAGCAGUACCUUCUCAAAAAGUAGCUUAAAAGCUGCAUAUUGGUUCCUCAAAGUUACACAUUGGUACGUAGAGGUACAAAAGUGUACUUUUUGAGAAGGUACCAUCCCAGUGACAACAUUUGUACCUUUUUUCUAAGUGUUUGGCAUUGUGUUGCACCUUCAUUUUUAAAAGUGUACAAAGAGAACCUCAAGCAUCAGUUAGCGUUGAUGACGAAUGUACAGUAAGUUAACUUAUUAAACUGAGCUAAAGGAGCAAUAUUCAAAUUAUUCACUAAACACGACAGGGUUUUAAAACUGUGAAAAGUGUACACACUGAAUGAUAGGAGUUUCAGUUCUUUGUAACUUUCUGCAGUUUGAAUUCAUUCCCACUUUCAUAUGAAGUAGUAAUUGCUUCAGUUCUGUGUGUCCAUACUGACAUUCAAUACAGUAUACGCUGCUUUUCUACAGUAUGUACAUGACUAUUUAGGAAUCACACCUGUGAGUAAAUAUGAUUGUCAUUCCCAAACACUGACUGUGAUAAUAGUUUGGACAUCCUCUCCUAGUCUGCCUUUCUGAAAUGUUCAUUGUGUGCAUUAAAGGGAUAGUUCACCUGAAAACAAAAUUUUGUUAUUUACUCAUGGUGUUUAAUCCCUCCAAUGUCUAACUUUGUUGUUUAGAACCCAAACCCAAAAUUUGUUUUAGGUUUUCCGAUUAAUAGGACCCAAAGGUUUUUAAUAAAUAACUCCACUCGACUUGUGUCACAUAUUUAAAGUGUCUUGAA